UGGUACUCGACCAGUCACCCGACAUUAGCGUUUUAACCUCACCGGACACUGUUUGUCGUCUAGUCGAGUAGGUCCAUCGCAGAAAUGGCAUACCAGUUUGGAGAGACUGAUACCCGGCCUACCAGAGACUACAUACCGAGACCCCCUGUCGUACCCGUGCCCUACAAGUACACUAGAGAGGGAGCAGACCCCAGUAAGCUGUGCCCGCCUUCUGCCAGCAUCCAGUACGCCCCUGUGCUCUACGAUGCUCCCAAGUACCACAUGGAUACCAGAUAUGAGCGCCCCGUCCCAGCAGCGCCGCCCACAGCGCCCAUCUUGUAUGCACCGUCUCCGUACCAGUACCAAAUGCGCGGGGUGGAUCCCAAGACCAUCAAGCCACCCACGGCCCCUAUUUUAUACAAGAAGAUUCAGUAUUAGCGAGGAAGAAGAGGAACCCUCACCUCAGCCAAGCCCCGACGCCUGUUGUAAGAAAUCACGUGGUCUGUUGUGAUCACAGAAGCAUUUAUUGUCUUUCGUAGUCGCUGGCAUGCAUUUCUGUUAAGAGUGAGAUGCACACAGAAGACAUUGCUGCAUCGUGUUGUACCUGUUUUUGUCUAGUCAUUGUUAUGAUAACAAAGAUUAAAAAAAUAUAUAUGAUGGCCAUUA